AUGUCCCCAACAGCCUCUACACCCCAUAUCCUCUCAAGCAGAGAAGCAAUAACAGACACAAUCUACCGAGGCGUGUUGGGAAUCGACACAAAUAACUUCGACCUAGUCCUCCCAGCAUUACACAACAGCCCAACAACAACCUUCGACCUAAACGGCGAACAACACAAAGGCAUAGAAGCCAUCAAGACAUGCGCAUUUGAUAAAGUUGGUCCACUGGAUACAACACACACCGUCAGCAAUGUGCGCAUUGAGAUGGAAGACGGAGCCGAGACAGCGUCCGCGACGGCUCAUAUUUUGGGGCAGCAUUACCGGGCCGGGGAGGGAUUGGUGGAGAAUUCAAGGGGUGUUUUGGUGGGAGGGUUGUAUUUCGUUGAUCUUGUUAAGGAUGAGCAUGGUGCUUGGAAAAUCACCAUGUGGAGGAUUAAGGUUAUUUGGAUGGAUGGGGAUAAGGGAGUUAUUGGGUGGUAG